UACAGAAGGAGAACUGCAUCACCCUCAAGGAUCUGAAAGGAUCCAAACUUUCAGGAAACGUAUUCAAUAUACUAUUCAACCUCAAUAAAUUCAUGGCAUUUGAGACACGUGACCCCUUUCUGAUUCGCCAGGAACGGGAGGAACCAAAUUUGACAGAAUGGGAUCGAUUUGCUCAGAGAGAGUAUUUGAGGUUGUCAAUGGAGGAAGAUGUAGAGGAAGUCUCAAACGAAAGUGCAGAUGUAUGGGAUGAACCACUUGAACCUCAAUGUUAGUUCACACUGCGUCUGAGCUCCUACCCACAAACGUAUAUCCAUGAUCAGAGAUUUGUUGGUUACUGUUGUUUCUAGACGCUCAUGGCAGUAGAGAUUCAUCACCAAUUAUUCCCAAGGAGUCUGUCAAUUUCAUGAAAUUUUGGCAUUUUUUGUUUCGGUUUCAUAUCAGGUGUCGUAACACGUUGCUGCCAUUGUUAUAAAUAGAAGAAGGUGCGAGUCACGCGUUUUAUAUGCGCGUGUUUUGUUUGUAUAUACAAUUACAGACAUAACACGAGAUAACCCUAGAAAUAUCUCUUCAUCUCUCUCUUUCCGACAACAAAAGUCAAUCUCGAUAAUUUCAAUUCCAAUUACAUACAAAGUGAAAAAAAAAAUGGCGUCCUUUAAGAUGAUGUCUUCUUCCAAUUCCGAUCUGUCUCGUCGUAAUUCUUCUUCUGCUUCAUCUUCCCCUUCUAUUAGAUCAUCGCACCAUCUCCGACCAAAUCUUCACACCGAUCACUCCAGAAUCAGUUUCGCUUACGGCGGUGGCAACGAUUACACUUUCCCCUCUGAUUCGAAGCCGUUAGAUAUGGCGGUUGAUGUUGAGCGGAGUAUCGGAGAUCGGAACAGCGUUAACAACGGUAAGAGUGUGGACGACGUUUGGAAAGAGAUCGUAUCUGGAGAGCAAAAGACGAUCAUGAUGAAAGAGGAAACACAGGAUGAUGUGAUAAUGACGCUUGAGGAUUUUUUAGCGAAAGCAGCAAUGGAUGAUGAUGGUGCUGCAGCAAACAUGGAUUCAGAUGAAAUUGAUGUGAAGAUCCCUCCUGAGAGACUAAACAACGACGGUAGCUAUACAUUCGAUUUUCCGAUGAUGCCGCAGACGCAGCCGCAGCGACACAGUUCGUUUCAGAUGAUUGAAGGAUCAUUGGGUGGAGGAGGAGGAGGAGGAAUGAGGGGAGGAAAAAGAGGGAGAGUGAUGAUGGAGGCCAUGGAUAAAGCUGCAGCUCAGAGACAGAAGAGGAUGAUCAAGAACCGCGAAUCUGCAGCUAGGUCUAGAGAGAGGAAGCAGGCUUAUCAAGUUGAGUUAGAGACUUUGGCUGCGAAAUUAGAGCAAGAGAAUGAGCAGCUUUUGAAGGAGAUUGAAGAGAGCACUAAAGAGAGAUACAAGAAGCUUAUGGAGGUUUUGAUUCCGGUCGAUGAGAAACCAAGGCCUUCCUCACGGUCUUUAAGCAGGAGCCAUUCUUUGGAAUGGUGAAGAGAGGUGUAAGUUGCAGAUUCUAGUGGUAAGAAAGAUGUAUGUAUACUUUUGUAUGUGAAUAAAAUAAAACCUAUGGGCUUGAUUUACUAUAUUGUAAUCUAUAUAGUAAAAUGAUGGUGAUAUGGUUAGCACUUAAUUUACCUUUGAAUGUCUCUCAGGGAUGUAAUGUAGAGAAUACAUAGUUUUUGCUGA